UCCACUUCUGAUCAUUAUUAAGGGAAAAGAAUCCCUUGCUGGGAUCUGAUAUUUUACUUGACACUAGCAACAUGGCACCAACGAGCUGCAGCUGUCGGGGAAGGUACGUUUCUGCCAGGCAUUUCCGACUGAAUUACUAGAAUUUUAGCGAAUGUUAUGAUGCCGAAUCUCAUAUUCGGAUUAAUUAGACAAGACUCAUUGGGAGAUGUUACUUUUCUUUUUCUUGUUAUAGAUAGAAAAGAGACAUUCACAGUAACCCGCAACUUUAAAAAUUAAGUUACCAAAGGAGCCCCAUUGCGUUUUGUAUUGUAAUAAUGUGUCUAGACUCAUCUUACAUUCGAAUUAGCUCAUUUUUGUUUUCCUGUUGUUUUCCCAUGUUUUUAUUCACUAAACAUUGAACUGUGUUCUUUUUUUUUUUUUUAGCUCGUAUGCCCAGUUGGCUUACUAUUUUAAUAUUGACUUUUGUACCCCCUACAUGGGUUUAAACUUCACCUUAAAAAAAAGUAUGGAAUUUUCUCGCCUUCCCCAAUCAGAGAAUGCUUGGCAUGUUUGAUAUUUUAAACCUUUUGCCAACAUUUCUCUAUUAUUCUUGUCUAUCUAUAUUUUUAUAUUUCAGGGAAAUCUUUUAAAAGACAUAAUAAUUUAAUAAAAGUGAAUUAAAAAGGGGCAUACAAGUAAAUGAUCUGAUUGAGGCCACAAUAGUUUUGUUUUUUUUGUUACUUGGUAGUUGUGCUCUAAAUCAAAAAAAUUACACUUUGACUUCGGUGAAUAAAUAAAAUAUAUAGCCUACUGAGUCCAUGUAAAGUAAAUUUCUAAUUGAGUAAUUCCUAAUCAACAUCGGUGAUAAAACAUCUACUUGGAUAAAUGAAUGCAUCGUUCUAGUUAUUAUAUACACAGCUUUUUAGUUUAUUUUAUGAUAUAACUACAUUUACUGCUCUAAAAAACAACUGUGGCAAACAACGUUUAUUGCAGCAUGCUACAAUGCUUUAAUGUGAGUAUGGCUAAUGUCCUAUACAAGGAAGUUGGAACACUACAGUGUAGGUUUCUCUUAACUUUUAUAAAUCAAUGCAAUACACCUGUUAUCUAAAGCUACACCUGUUUCAUAAUCAGCUAAUAUUCUUCUGUAGUAUCUAUUAUUUUUAUUAUCAUUUAAAUAGUGCCAACAUAUUCUGCUGUGCUUUAAAAUUCUCAUGAAAAAAAAUAUUAAACUGAUGCAUUAAAAUAAAUUAGAAUACAGAAUGUAAACUGACUUAUUUAGUUAAAAAAGCAUGGUCUUCAGAAUGCAUUGUCACCUCCAUAUGUACAAAUGUUAUAAAAUAUUUGGUAAUUAUCCACUCUAUAUUAUUAAUGCUCAUCAUGUAUGUAAAUUAUGAUAAAAUCUGGUGUGUUAAUGUCUUUAGGCACUACUGAAACCAAAUCAUGUGACCAAAAUUAGUUAAAGAAUGUCCAUUUUUUCAUUUGUAGCAUGGAAAAGUUUGAAGGACAAAACAAUAUUUUAAUAUAAUAAUUAGGGAUGUGCAUGGGCAAAAACGUCAGUUCGGUUCAGCAUUCGGAAAUUCGGCACUUUAGCACUUCGGCAAUUCGGUUCAGUUUGGCAAUUCGGACAUUCGGCAUCUGAAUGUCCAAAAUUCCUCCGAAUUGCCAAUCAGACCGAAUCGAAUUGCGCAUGUCUAACAAUAAUCAUUUCAUCAGGUUUUGCAAGAAAAUUAAGUGUAUGUAGAAAAACUGAGUCAUCUCUGCCUACAAAAUAAUUUAGCCAUAUAUAUAUAUAUAUGCACUUUUGGUCAGACAGUGUUUGAAAGCCGACAGUUAGUCUCUAUGGUUUUUCUCAGCUUCUGUGCAGAGAGUGAAGCAGGGAAGACCAUAGAGACUAACUGUCCGUUUUCAAACACUGUCUGACCCAAGGUGUAUGUAUAUGGCUGACGGAUACUAAAGGCAUGAAUUAGUUUUUCUAAAUUGUUUUGCAUAUACCUCUUUUUAAAAAUAUCUAUUUCCUUUUAAAACUUAAUAAAAGGAUUAUUAUAUAAAAAUAAAAAAAAAUGUUGAGAAGAUAGUUGUCCUUUAAUGACGGAUACAUAUGGUGUGUGUUUUUAUCAAAUUCAGUUUUGCUUUGCAAUCAUUUUGAUAGCAAAAUUGGAAGUACUUCAAACUGGGGGGUUUUUUUUGCCUUCUUUUGGAUCAACAGCAAAAAACAGAUUUGAGGAAGGCUGAACAUGAUGGACACAUGUCUCUUUUCAGCUUAUGUAACUAUGUAAAUAUUUUGUUUAAAAAAUAUUUGUAUAAAUACAUAUAUCAUAUUUUAUUUGAACAAUACAUAAUUGCAGUAUUAUGUCAUUGUGUUGAGUUAUUGAGUUCUUCCAUAGUUAGUAAGAAAAAACAAAACGCACCACAUCAUUACACAGCAAGGAAGAUUCUGUUGGUGAUGUGUAAAUAAUGAAAAUUGUACACAGAACAAAUUCACUGGUAAUACUGCAAAAAUGUAUUAACAUACCACGUGGUCAGACCAUUUUAGUGCAAAGGACAAUAAACUGCUCUUUCAAAAAUAAAACUGGGACAAUGAAUUUAAAGUGCACAUCACCAGAAAUGUUAAAGGGCUACUCUAUGCACUAUAACCACUUCAGAGAUUUGAAGUGGUCAUGGUGCUUGGAGUUUGUAUGUGCAAUGUUUUACAUACAGGGUGUAACUCCUUUGCUGCCAGAGAUGUAACUCCACAUCCAGUAGUGUCAUUGGGGCAUCAUUUGCCAACCUGGGACAAGAGUUCCGAGCUAGCCAAUGUCAGCUCUGUGCCAACUCCCAUGCACAGUGUGCCAUUCACUGGCUGUGAGCGGUGAGCAGAUUAUGGUUUCAAUGAUGGAGAAUUAAUUAGACAAUGCGACUUUAUUAGUUUUGGGGUAUUUUGUAGUUGUUUUGUGCAUUUCAUGCGACUAGAUAGUGAGGAUUGUGAGAUUCAUGUUAAAAAAAAGUAAGUUGAAGGAACACAAUAGUGUUAGGAAUACAAACAUGAUUAGAUCCCUGCCCCCACCUCAGAAUAGAGCUAAAAGGUAGUUUACUUACUUUUUCUUCAUAGCCACACUGGUCUCGGCAUUGGUUUUCCUGCCUUCUUGGCUGAGAUCAUCAAUCUUGAUGAUAUCAGCCAAUCCAAUGAUUUCACAUAGGAAUGAAUGCAUCUCUGCAUCUCCAUGCAGAGCGUAGAGACACUGAACGUAGGUGCUGCACACUGUGUAGCAUUGAAAUAGAAAGGACCUCUAGUGGCUGUCUGUGACUAAACACUGCCUUUUCUCUAUAGACACCAGCAUCACAACAUUAAGCUGUAAAGGUACUGGUGACUAUAGUGUCCCUUUAAACAUGAUGAGGAAUGUAAUUUUUCCAAGAGAGGGAAAUGUGUCCUUCUGCCAUCUAAACUGAAGAGGCAUUCAUACAUUUUCUUUUUUUGGUACAGUUAGCUAUUGUUGGUGUAGUAACACCAGUAAUCACCAUAUAAUGACUUUGACUCACAAACUCCCAGAGUAGAUGGGGCUUUAGCAACUCUGUAUAUAUGAAUAAGAUUAAUAGUUUUUCCCAGCAGUCUGCUGGUAUGUACGGUUCUCCAGAUAUUCACAUGUAUUUGCCAAUUUGUCCCAGUAAUGUAUUAUCCCCUUGGAGGUCACAUUUUGAGUUUUGCAAGUUGUUGUGAAGACGUCUUGGGUUUGCAACAUUAAUCAUCAUGUUAUGAGCGUGGAUGACAAACUCCCAAAGAAGAAGACGUGUAUUGUUGAAGAUUUUACAACGAGUUUUGCUUAUGUUAUUUCAGCAAACCAUUUAUGGAUGGAAAGCAAUAGAAUGUAAUAAACCUAUGUUAAAAAAAAAAAAAAAUGGUAUGUCUUUAAUCCAAGUGUUCUGACCUUCAUCAAUACUACUGCAAGAAAAAAGAAACAGGACAAAAAGUGGGACAGUUCUGAAAUUCACAGAGACAAAGGUGUCGUUAAACGAUGUUAACUAUAACUAUAAUCAUGGUGGGAAUUUGUCUUUUCAAAAAAGGCUUGUGGGAUGUGUGACACCAAGACGGACCCGAUGUUAACCCUACAGAACCAAAAGAACUGAAGAAAGAACGUUUAAAAAACAUUGAAUAAACUGAGGCUGGAAAAAACCAAGACAUGCAUGGACACUUUAAUGGGUUUCUCCACCCCUUGUCUUAUUGCUUUAUUAGAAUAAUGCCCUAUUGGCAUUAUUUUUCAAGUCAUCCUCAAUAGAAACGCUCAUAGAGUGUUUUAAAUAAAGCUUUUACUUACCUUAACCCAGUGAUUAUCUUACAGGACCACUAUAGGCACCCAGACCACUUAUUUGAGCUGAAGUGGUCUGGGUGCCAGGUCCAUCUGGGGUUAACCCUGCAGCUGUAAACAUAGCAGUUUCAGAAAAACUGCUAUGUUUACAUUAGGGUUAAUUCAGCCUCUAGUGGCUGUCUCAUUGAUUUUCACAGUGAGAAGACGCCAACGUCCAUAGGAAAGCAUUGAGAAAUGCACAUUCGGCAGAUGAUGUCGGAAGAGGGAGGAGAGUCCACAGUGCCGAGGGAGUCCAGGCGCUGGAGAAAGGUAAGAAUUUAACCCCUUCCUCCCCUUUCAGCCUGGCAGGAGUGGGACCCAGAGGUUGGGGGGGACCCAAAGACCCUAUAGGGACAGGAAAAUGAGUUUAUUUUCCUGGCACUAUAGUGGUCCUUUAAGCAGUUCAACAUGCACACUCGUAAUGUCAGAUGAGCCGCGCAAGGUACAAUCAAAGACUUCUUAUAAAGCAGCCUUUAUUGAAUCAUUUAACUAUCUCAGAGUGUGUGCAUGCGCUCUGAGCCAACAAGUGGAGGGGAAAAGGGAAUGUUGAGGGAAAGAAGGAGGAGGGAAAGAAAAAGAAUCGGAUAGGUAGGAGGAAGAAGGGUUUCAGGCAAGGAGGGAGGGAAGACACAAGCUUACCUUUGCAGGCUCUACGUGCAAGGGAGAAGCAGAUUAUGUUUGUUGCCAGCUUGCUAUGUGCACUGAUAACAGACGUAAAAGGUGCCAAUAAUGCUGGAUGUGUAGUGUUUCAAGCUUCUAAAAGCAGAAGUGGUCAUGGUGGUUGGAGUAAGCCUUUAAUGUAAAGAUAGAAACUGUAUAAAAGCUACAUACAAUUGGAGUUACAUUAAGGUUAGACCUGAUACAAACGGAUUGACGUAUACAAAAGAAGUUAAUAUUAUUUGUGUUGUAAAACCAUUAAACAAAAUAAAGAAGCCAUGGUAUGUUUUUGCUGUAAAAAAUUAGGGCAACAGAAAAAUGUGAUUGGAUGUCCAAAAGAAAAAGUAAAAAAAAAACAUAUACUUAAAUUAAUGGAUAUUUUAAGGUUUUUGGAAAUAAGUCUUUACCUGGCUGGUACAUUUGUUUAGGAGCAAAAAGCCACGUGAAAAUUGGUAAGACUUUUUUCACUGUAAUAGUUUUUAGUUUCAGGUGACAUUGAUUUUAUUCUUGGUCCAUUCAUGGUCCAUACCUCAAUGGAUUUAGGAAUAGAAUCCAGCGGAAAUAAAUGAAUAACUUGAAAGAGGGGGAAACCAUAACUAUAGAAAGUACAGAAGAAAUCUAAAGACAAAGAAAGUAAUACCAGCAAAAAAGCUCAUAUAUUCAGUGGUCCUUAAUUAUAGACAGGUACACAGAAUAUAGAGCUAGUGGAGAUAGCUACCAGGAUCCAGAAUACAGAGCUAGUGGAGAUAGCUACCAGGAUCCAGAAUACAGAGCUAGUGGAGAUAGCUACCAGGAUCCAGAAUAUAGAGCUAAUGGAGAUAGCUACCAGGAUCCAGAAUACAGAGCUAGUGGAGAUAGCUACCAGGAUCCAGAAUACAGAGCUAGUGGAGAUAGCUACCAGGAUCCAGAAUAUAGAGCUAGUGGAGAUAGCUACCAGGAUCCAGAAUAUAGAGCUAAUGGAGAUAGCUAACAGGAUCUAGAAUACAGAGCUAGUGGAGAUAGCUACCGGGAUCCAGAAUAUAGAGCUAGUGGAGAUAGCUACCAGGAUCCAGAAUAUAGAGCUAAUGGAGAUAGCUACCAGGAUCUAGAAUACAGAGCUAGUGGAGAUAGCUACCAGGAUCCAGAAUACAGAGCUAGUGGAGAUAGCUACCGGGAUCCAGAAUACAGAGCUAGUGGAGAUAGCUGCCAGGAUCCAGAAUACAGAGCUAGUGGAGAUAGCUACCGGGAUCCAGAAUACAGAGCAAGUGGAGAUAGCUGCCGGGAUCCAGAAUACAGAGCUAGUGGAGAUAGCUACCAGGAUCUAGAAUACAGAGCUAGUGGAGAUAGCUACCAGGAUCCAGAAUACAGAGCUAGUGGAGAUAGCUGCCAGGAUCCAGAAUACAGAGCUAGUGGAGAUAGCUACCAGGAUCCAGAAUACAGAGCUAGUGGAGAUAGCUACCAGGAUCCAGAAUACAGAGCUAGUGGAGAUAGCUGCCAGGAUCUAGAAUACAGAGCUAGUGGAGAUAGCUACCAGGAUCCAGAAUACAGAGCUAGUGGAGAUAGCUGCCAGGAUCCAGAAUAGCUAGUGGAGAUAGCUACCAGGAUCCAGAAUACAGAGCUAGUGGAGAUAGCUACCAGGAUCCAGAAUACAGAGCUAGUGGAGAUAGCAGCCAGGAUCCAGAAUACAGAGCUAGUGGAGAUAGCUGCCAGGAUCUAGAAUACAGAGCUAGUGGAGAUAGCUACCAGGAUCCAGAAUACAGAGCUAGUGGAGAUAGCAGCCAGGAUCCAGAAUACAGAGCUAGUGGAGAUAGCUAGCUGCCAGGAUCUAGAAUACAGAGCUAGUGGAGAUAGCUACCAGGAUCCAGAAUACAGAGCUAGUGGAGAUAGCUGCCAGGAUCCAUAGGACCACCAGCUCCACAUACAGGCAGAUUGGCUGACUUUAACCAUUAAUAUAGGAGCAAGCCGCCAUUGGCAAUAUAUAAAAACUCAGAAGGAUAGGAGGAAAAGUCCAGGAAGCUUCAAAGACUGACUGAUCACCUCAGAUGUUCUGGGAAUAAAGUAAAAAACUAAAUAGAGUGAAGGAAGCAGUAGCUGGGUAACUAGAAAACUUUCAUAAAAUUGAUGGGUAAAAUAAAGAAAGGAUUGCACAUUAAAGCUUCGCUUUGCUGGUCCUGUUUGUAAAUAUAGAAGCUGAUAACGAAUUUCAGACCGCCUAAGUCACUUGUGCCAAGGGUUCAACUAGCCCCCAGCACAAAAGUGCAAGUAAUUCUCUUUGUGCAACGUUUCAAGCAGACACAGGUUACAGUUUCCUACCAGCAUGACCACUAAAAGCAGAAGUGGUCAUGGUAGUUGAAGUAACAUUUUAACUCUGUGCCAUUCGAAGCAAAGAGACAUUCUGAUUUAAAUUCAGCAAUCAAUUACAGAAGAGGGAGAACAUUCUAUGAUUGACAUGAUGCUGUGGAGGGGUCACGGAGUAUCAACAUCAGUCAUCCUCGUGUAAGGAGUGUGAUUGACAAACAAAAAAAAAAAAGAUGUAGCUGCAGCAAAUGUAUAAGAGUUGAAAUGUUGUGCUAAUGUUAUCCCAAGAGUCAAUCCUGUGGAUGGUGAGUGAGGUUUAAUUCAAGUAAAAGGGCUCAAAAUUUGAAUUGUUCACCACUGCAAGCCUGGUGGCUGAACUUUCACUCAUCAAUCGCUAGUGGGUUAAUGAAAAUGUUGAACCUUGGUGUAUUUAAGUAUUAGAAGUGUUUUAUUUAAAAAGAAUUCCAUUACUGUCUUAAGAUAGGAUAAAUAAUGUCCCAUGCUCAUGUGUACUACAUACUUCGAUUUUAAGACAACAACGCCUACAUGUCUGUUCGUCCACCCAUUGUAAAGCGCUGCGGAAUUUGAUGGCGCUCUAUAAAUUUCAUAAUAACAACGCUUCUAUAUUGCAGGUAUUGGUAACCCUAGAUGUGGUAUUACUGAUUUUCUGAACACAGAACGAAGUUGGAUUUUUAUGCCAGUGCCAAUAUAUGUGUUCUUACCUGCUGUAGCUACAACCUCAGCAGUGAUAUUAGAACAAUAACCAUUCUACAAUACAAUGUGACCACAUGUGAUGUUCAAUGAAUCCCUUUUCUGAAUCCACAUAUUAUAGGAGGCAUACACACCACUGUACAGAGAGUAGCAUUAUGUUUACACAUGUUUACACACCCAGUCUACUGAUAAAUAUUGUUAUAGAGUGUUAUGUACAUGCAUGUUCCGCACCCAGUCUGUUGCUGUUGUAUGGAAAGAUGUGUUAAAAUAAUGCAUCUCUCGUCUGAUGUGCCUGCUAAUAAUACUCCUUAUAGGACAGGGAAGGGCAAAUGGUGGAUCCCCGAAUAUAAAACUGCAGAUCAUAUGAUACUUUACCAUUUUAACCCCUUAAGGACCAAACUUCUGGAAUAAAAGGGAAUCAGGACAUGUCACAUAUGUCAUGUCUCCUUAAGGGGUUAAAGGUCGGCAAAGCAUCAUGACAAUUAGUAGUUCUACAACGAUCUAACUUUUGCCCAGCCCUGCCAUAGACCAAUGUUUCACAUUUCUCUUACACCGAUCCUAUCUUAUAAAGAACUAGGGAAUACAUUUUAAAAUCAGGGACAUUAUCCUACUGACACAACUCACACAGGAACGCUUCUAAACAAUAGGAUAUUAAGUUUUCAAUGUAUUAUUCUUUGUAAAACACAUUUGGAAUAAAGGAACAAAAUUGCUAGAUAUAAAUAAAAGAGAAUGUAUCUCUCAAUGAGCUUCUCCUACAAUAAAUGCACCAGUUAACGUGACAUACUUUGAUUUGAAGCCACUGAACUAGUUGAUAACGUGGUUGUGAAUUGUUUUUAUAUAUUUUUGAAUGCUAUAUUUAGUUUGUUUUAAUGUCUUUAGUCCUUCUAAGUGAACUUUCCAUAAUCCAGAAAUAAUUAUAUUUGUGUUUUUUUCUUACCUGUUUUAGAACACUCAGCCACUGUGAAUGCACAUGCCAUUAAGUACCUUGCCAACAGUAACCUAUGCAUACCACUAUGAAAGAAAAACCCAGGCAUAAUUCAUCCACAUGCUACAAUGUUCUAACACCAGACCGAAUUCCUGAAUUCUGUAUUCCCCCGCGGCAUCAUGCCCAGAAAGAUCUAAGAAGAAGACCACAUUAUAAUUCUAUCCCAGAUCUCUUCGUGUCAGUUUUUGAAGCAAGAGAAUCUCACCCUUUUGAAAAGCACAUUAUCCAGGUGGACAGCGUAGAAGAUCCUUUUGAGGAGGAAAGUACUAAUGCUGACCCGCAGUCACAAGCAGCUCUCUCCUUGCCUCAUCUUGCUAAAGCUAAUACGUCCUAUGGAUUUUGCACCUUGUUGGAAAGCCCAAACACGAAGAGAAAAGAGUCUAUUUUUCAUAAUGAUCCUGAUGCCCUUCCCAUCUUGUUGCCAAGAUCCCGCUCUAAUACCAUCACAUGUAGAGGUGCAUCUUCAUUAAACAAUUUUACCAGCACUCUUAGAUUGAGGCCUCUAAUACGGUCUGGUACCUUGGAUAGUGACACAGCCUCGUCCACUGAUUCUUCACCUUUUGGCUCUCCAAGACUACACAGAUCUCUUCAAACUUCUCUAUUUAAAGCUUUGAACCAGGACAGUAUGUUCUCCAGGGCUUUGAAAGCUAACUGCAAGAUGUCUGUUCUAAGGAAUAACUCGGUUUCUACUGAUGAAGACAGCUCCACUGACAGUAGUCCAUGCGUCACUAGGAGAAGUUCUUAUGAUUGGUCCCAUCACCCUCUUACACAGUCUGACAUAGGCCUUCUACUGGUUCCAGGUCAGUUCUCCUUGGACAACACCGUGACACUGAACACAGGAGGAAUUGUAAGGCUUUCGACUGAAUAUCACCCUGAAAAUAUGAGACUACGCAUAAGACUGGUCAGCGCUGAAGGACUUUACAAGCAGUCCAUUGACCCCAAAAACAUCAGCUGCUACAUCUCCUUGUCCCUUGUACCAGGAAAGAAUCAGAAGCAAAGAAGCACUCUUAUCCGUGGAAGCCGGAACCCAAUCUUUAAUGAAGAUUUCUUUUUUGAAGGGGUAGAAUCUGAAGAUCUUCUCCAGAAAACCCUUAAAAUAAAAGCCAUCAACAAAGGAUCCUGUGUCAGGAGAGAAGUCAUUCUUGGGCGGUGUAAACUCAAUCUCCUUAAUGUUUUACCUAUAUAGGACACAAAUCCCGUUUUAAACGAUAUACCAUGUAUACAUAUACAUAUAUAUAAAUAUAUAUGUAAUUGCGCCUGA